UUGGUUCGGGAGUUCAUCCAAGACAGCCUGUACCACCCCACAGAGGGCUACUUCAGCAAACAAACCGCCACAGGCGCCGCGGUGGUGGGCAGCCUAGCGGCGCCUCUCGACUUUCGCCGCCUGGCGGGACAGAUGCAGUACCUUCAGGCUGUACAGGAGCAGUACAGGCAGCUGCAGGCCUCCUGGCUCACCCCGGUGGAAAUCUUCCAACCGCACUACGGCCGGGCGGUGGCCGCCUGCAUCCUGCACCGCUGGCGCCAGCUGGCGGCAGCCGCCCCGCCACCCCUUCUGAUUUACGAGAUAGGCGGCGGCACCGGCACCCUGGCCCGCAACAUCCUGGACUGGCUGCGGGAGGCCCACCCUGAGGCCUACCACACUGCUCAGUAUCGCUGCAUAGAGAUCAGCCCAGUCCUGGCAGAGCUGCAGCGGCAGAAAGUGGCGGCGGAGGGCGGCCACGCCACGCGCUUUGCGGUGCGGCGGCACGAUGCGGCAGAUGCGGCGGCGUGGGCGGCGGCGGACGCCGACGAGCGGCGGCAGCAGCAGGAGGGCGGGCAGCAUCAACAAGAGGAGGACAAACACCACCACCGCCACCACCAUCACCACUGCUUCAUCAUUGCCUGCGAGGUGCUGGACAACCUGCCGCACGACAGGGUGCGGCGCGACAUGAGCAGCGCCCAGUGGCAGCAGACUCUGGUGGCGCAGGCGGACCUGCGGGAGGCGCUGCCCGCCUGGCGCCGCCACCACCCGGCCACAGGCGGCGACUGCUUCGAGCUGCUGCAGGCGGCCGCCGACCCCCUGAUCCUGCGCUGCCUGGCGGCCAUGGAGGAGCGCAGCGGCGGCGGCAGCGAGGGCGCCGGAGCGACAGGGAGGGGAGGGUCCGGGCUGGCGCUGGCAGCAGCCCGCGCAUGGCGCAGGCUGGUGGGGGAGGGGACCGGCGAGAUGCGCUGGCUGCCCACCGGCUGCCUGCAGCUCCUGGACACGCUGCAUCAGGCUCGGCCCAGCCACACCCUCAUCGCCGCCGACUUCGACUGCCUGCCCGAGGUGUCGGUGGCUGGGGCGAAUGCGCCGCUGGUGGCGACCACGGUGGGCGGCACCACGGUGGACCACGGCUCCUACCUGGUACCUCGUGGCACCGCCGAUAUCUUCUUCCCCACCGACUUCCCGCUGCUGUGCAUGCUGUAUCGCCAGGCAGCUGCGGUGCACCGGCACACCCGAACCGAAGCCGCCGGCGCCGGCGCUCCAGGCGGGGCGGCGGCACACAUGUGUACCGCAGACUUCAUGGCGCUGUACUGCCCCGACCCGGGUGCCACCGCCACCCGUGACGGCUACAACCCGCUGCUCCAGGACUAUUCCAACACCGCUUUCUUCCUGGGCAGCAGCUGCAGCGUUGAUGGUGGCCUCGUCGGCAGCAGCAGCAGCAGCGGGACAAGCAGCAGCAGCGGCGAGAGCAGCGGCGGCAGCAGCAGCGGGACAAACGGCAGCAGCAGUGCCGGCGGCGCAUAG